UUGUUUCUGUUUCUUUUAAUGCAUCUUUGUUCUUUUUCGUUAAUUUUUAGUUGAUGCACAGUCGGAAAGGCAAACAUCAAUUUAUUCACCUCCAUUUUAUUCCUCUCCCAAUGGUUAUAAAAUGAGAGCUCGUCUUUAUUUAAAUGGUGAUGGAAAUGCUCGUCGUACACACAUGUCACUCUUUUUUGUACUCAUGCGAGGUUUGAACGAUCCAAUUCUCAAAUUUCCAUUCAAUUAUACAGUCACAUUUUGUUUGUACGAUCAAACGUCUACACAACGACAUAUUAUCGAUUCAUUUCGACCAGACAUUAAAUCGAGUAGUUUUCAGCGACCUCGGUCGGAUGUGAAUAUAGCCAAUGGUAUACCAAAAUUUUUUCCGUUGGAAAUAAUUCAACAGGAAGGAAAUCCUUAUGUACGAGACGAUACAAUGUUUAUCAAAGUUAUGGUGGAUUCUAGAGAAACAGACAAAACAUUAUUACCCUAUGUUUUAGGCCUCAAUCCGGGCCUACCAACGCAUGUUCAACAAAUAAUGAUUAAGAAAGAAGCUGAUCGAAGAACACAAUUACGAUCAGAUGAACAAUCGCAAAUAUUUCAGCAAUGA